AUGAGAGUUCCGUGGCUAAUGGCAGAACGUGUGAUGAGAAUCAUUUCGACCGAGAAAACCGUAAAAUUGUCUCCGAAAUGGUGGACAACACCUUGUGAAGCCUAUCUUGAAAUCAUUUCGAACUCCACAUGGCUCUCCUUGGAAGGAAAACGACGAGCUAGUUUGAAGCUUUCAAAAUUGAAAAAGUUGGUGGGAUAUCCGGAUGAAUAUGAAAAAGAAGGAACAUUGGAUCACACUUUUGAGACUCUUCACACUCUCCCAUCGGAUUCUUUCUAUACAGUCAUGAAGAAGAUCAACAGAUAUCGAACGGAAAUCUGGUUGAAUUUUGUCACUUAUAAUCUUUCGCUGGACCCCACUCAUGAUUUGUUCCAAGUGAAUGCAUUUUAUGCAGCUGCUGAGAAUCAAAUUAAUAUAAUGAUCCCUAUAAUUGAUGAGCCAAAUCUGGACUCAACUUAUCCCGUCUAUGCAAAGUACGCUACUACCGGAGCUACGUUGGGUCAUGAAAUGGGGCACAGUUUCGAUCCAACAGGAAUUGAGUGGAAUGAGGAUGGAUUUUAUGAAAAGUGGCUGCCAAAAGAGGAUCAGGAGGAAUAUACAAAGAGAGUGAAGUGUUUGACAGAUCAAUACGAUAAUUAUGAUGAUCCGGAUUUCGGGAGAAAUAUGAACUCGUCCAACGUAUUCACAGAAUUAUUUGCUGAUCGUAGUGGUAUCGACGCCGCCAUCCGAACCUACCGUAACCUUAACAUAUCAGAUGACCCAAAAAUCAUAGGUUUCGAAGAUGUUCCUGCAGAGAAAAUGAUGUAUCACAUUUAUGCUCUGGACCGGUGUGCUCCACGAUCCACUCAAAGUCUAUCCACUGUUCUGUCCCAAAACACUCAUCCAUCUGACAGUUUUCGGGUGAACGGUGUGUUCUCGAAUCUGGGAUCUUUCUCGAAAGCAUUCAAUUGUCCGGUUGGAUCGCCAAUGAAUCGGAAGAAGAAAUGUUAUAUUUUUGUGGAUUAG